GGGUUCACACGCGACCGCGGUCUGGGUUGUUGCAAUUGUGUUCGUCAGAGGAUAUGUUAGUGUGCCUGUUACCUGGAUAAUGCAGGAACAGUAGCAAGCGUUCAAAAUAUGUACCGUUUCACCGCCAAACUCUGACCAUCUGGACUCAGCGCUGCCUUCUCUCUCUCCCCCCUCCCUCCGCAGUGUCUUCGGCACUUUUAUUUCCACCCUGUCUCCCCUUCGAAUCUCCUUCCUUUCUCCCCCCGCAUGGAUCCAGCCUCUCCCUGUCUGGGUGCCGCCUGCUCCCCGUCCGUAAGCGGCUGCCGGGAUCACCACCGCUCCUCGGCGCAGACGCCCGAGCUGAAGCGACAGGCGGUGAAGCGACACCAUCACAAGCACAACCUGAAACACCGCUACGAAUUCCGCGAAACCCUGGGCAAAGGCACUUACGGCAAAGUGAAGAAGGCAGUUGACAGAUCCGGCCGAGUGGUGGCCAUUAAGUCAAUCCGCAAAGACAAGAUCAAGGAUGAACAGGACCUGGUUCACAUCCGCAGGGAAAUUGAGAUAAUGUCAUCGCUCAAUCACCCACACAUCAUUAACAUCUAUGAAGCCAUUCGCAAAAUGAUGCACUUCACCAUAUGUUCUGAUGUCCGUGUGACAAACAAAGCUAAUCUUUCUAAGAACGGGAUUGUGCAUCGGGAUCUGAAGUUGGAGAACAUCCUGUUAGAUGCUACUGGCAACGUCAAGAUUGCUGAUUUUGGCCUGUCCAAUUUAUACCACCAUGACCGCUUCUUGCAGACGUUCUGCGGUAGCCCCUUGUACGCAUCUCCUGAGAUUGUCAAUGGGCGGCCCUAUCGGGGUCCUGAGGUUGACAGCUGGUCCUUGGGUGUACUGCUAUAUACCUUGGUCCACGGCACCAUGCCUUUUGAUGGACAUGAUUACAAAAACCUGGUCAAACAGAUAACUAAUGGUGAAUACCGUGAGCCAACCAAACCGUCAGAUGCAUGUGGGCUGAUCCGGUGGUUGCUGAUGGUCAAUCCAGACCGCCGGGCCACCAUUGAGGACGUUGCUACUCAUUGGUGGGUCAACUGGGGCUACAAGACCCAGGUCUGCGAGCUGGAGUCAGCAAGGGACUACGAGUCGUCUGUGACCAUCAGUCUGGACUGGUUGCAGCGGCCGUCUCGCUUCGUCUUUGAGAGCGGCUCCAAAGUGCGCUGCUUCUUCAAGCAGCACGGCUCACCGCUGGAGCGGCAGAGGUCGCUGAAGAAAUCGAAGAAGGAGAACGACAUUUCCAACUCGUUGCAGGAAGGGGGGGCGACGGAAAGCACAGGGAAGUCGCUACUGAAGAGGCCGAAAGGGAUCCUGAAGAAAAGGAACACCUACGAGCAUCGAUCGCACAGCGCGGGCAACGUCAGCCACUCCACGGAGGAGACCGUAUUUGCUUAUCUAGACUCAAGCAUGUCCACAAUGGAACAUGGCAGACAGCAGGAUGGUCCAUCGGUCCCUGCACCAAAGAAAGGGAUAUUAAAGAAGCCGGCAAAGAGGGAGUCUGGGUAUUAUUCCUCACCGGAGCAGAGUGAGUCAGCCGACUUGUUGGACUGUGACAACCCUGUCUUUGAGACGGUGACUUCUGAAACCCACAGCGAUUUGUGCGACAGUGCCAAAGACCCCUCUGCCCGGCGCAAAGGCAUCCUCAAGAGGAAUGGCAAGUUCUCCUCGAGCAGCACGGACUCUGCAAUGGGCAGCGCCACCCUGAAGAGUCUGGGGUCCUUCAACGAGCUGGCCUUUUCCGACAUCAGACUCUCGUCGAACAGAAGCCACCCGUCGAGCGCGGUGAGCGAGGACAGCAUCCUCUCCUCCGAGUCCUUCGACAGGCUCGACCUGCCCGAGAGCCGGCAGGAGCGGAGCCAGAUGCGGAGCUGCGUCUCCGCCGACGACCUGCUCCGCCUGGAUGAGGCGGAGUCGGACUGCAGGCCGCGCCUCUGCAAGAUGAAGUGCUUCGCAGACCACUUGGCCGACAGCAACUUCUCCCUCACCGACCUCGACAACGUGACCGAGGUCUAUAAAAAGGCUGUGGCAAUCUGCAAUAAGUUGAUCUGACUGGGACAUCCUCAGUGGCUGUGUGAUCAAGCCCCAGGCCUAAUUAUGAUUCUUUGUUUGUUGAGACUGGAAAGAUUACAGGCCAGGCACACAGCUGAAGUUAGAGAUGGUUGAGUAAGAGGAAACCAAAACACAAAAUAGAUAUCAUGGCUAUAGAAUGUGAAGAAAGAUUUGGGAAAGUGGGGCAGCCAAGGCAUUGUGCAAGGAGAUACUUUUUUCCCUCUGUUAACCUAUGUUUCUUCAACAGACACAUGGGAGUUCCCUAAAUUGGGACCAGACGCAGUAGUAGUGAAUCCCUUGCACUGUGAAGUCUGAGCAGUGAAAGAGAGGCGGGAGUGAUAUUAUGUAACGAUGGGUGAUCAGAUUGUGAGUAUAAACUAAAAGGGAAGGUUAAGAACUAACCUGGAGAAAUGAAACAGGGAAGGUUUCCCUUUCUCCCUCCCUCACAAAGUAUACGGGGAGGGCAAGUGUUCGAGAAUUUCAGUGGCGAUAAAAUAUGCGACGAGGAAAGCUCCAUCUCUAGCUUACAUUUCUACAAUGGACUUGGCUGGUUGCAAUCGUUUAGGUCACUGGUCAGCUGACACGUACCUUGUGUAACUGUCUCUGCCAAAAAAAUUAAAGUACAGGAAAAUUAAACAGUUGCACCAGAAAGAGGAGAAAAAACAAGUUUACUAUUUAUGUGUCAGACAUGUAUAUAUUUUGAAAAUUAAUUUAUUUUUAUUUUCCCCACCCAUCCUCGUCUCAGACUUUUGGUUGAAUGCAAAUGAAUGAAGUUUGAAUAAGUUUACUAUUAUAAUGAAGUAGAUUUUUUUUCUACUAGUUAAUUAUAAUAAAACUGAAUAUAAUCUUCAGAGCAAAGAAAACCAAUUGUUCAAAGCGAGGAAACUGUUCGUGUUUCCCUGGGGGAAGAAUUAAUGCCAAGACAAGCAUUUUUUUGACUGUCUUCUUAACACAGGACAAGAUUUGGCAUUUGAGAUACAAUCAGAAUACUGAAAAUUUAUUUUUGGUGUUCAGAUAUACUGUUCUGGAUUUGGAUGUUUGUUUUUAAGAGGGAAGCUAAGGGGAUAGGGUGUCAGGAAAAUAUGGUGUCUCCUCAACAUUCCCUUCCAGAAAUAUGUUAAUGUAUUGUUAAUUCAUAUUCACAUGCUGUGAUGUUGCAUGCCAUCCUGACUGAAUGAAUGUUAUUAUGACUGAUGAAUUUUUUUUUGAGUGAGUACUUGAAUCCCACUUGGGAGUGUUUAUUGUUUAAAAUCUACCCUCUCCACUCCCAAACCAACCCCUCCCCAUUCCAUUCACAUCAAAUGCUGCUUUAAAAAGGCUAGGUGUUCAAACUUCGGCAUGAACGAUCUCACUUUGAGGGAAGGUCCACCUGGAGGUGCGCUAGCUUCCUUUCAGUUCCUUUGUGAAUGCUUUAUGUGUUAUUUAUGUGAGGCGACCGAUGUUAACUGGACGACAUUGCUGUGUCCAAUUGCAACAGGCCAGUUCCCCCUCUCUCGUGCAAGUUCAGCCAAAAGAGGGGAGACCUGCAGGAGGAGAAUGCAGAAAGGAGCAGGCCGAAAUUUGACCAUGAGCCCCUUGAGUCUGGACAGUUGACUUUUUACUUUGAGGGGGAAACGACUUGUUUUCAUUGAAUUUUUUUUUCUUGAAAAACCAGUAUGAGAUUUGUAGAAAAAAAAAUGUCAAACCCAUUUUGAUAUGUAAAUUAUGAUGUAUGCCAAUUAUUGUCAAUUUUGUUUUUGAAUUGUGCAAUGGAGAAAUAUUGGUCUGGGGUGAAAUUGCUUCACAGUGUUUGCAGAGAGCAGUUCUAAAAUUACCCGUCAUUUGGCUAUGUGGUGAUCCUUCACAGUGGCUGAUUCCUUGACCACCCCCGAAAACUUCAUGAGCAGAUUGGCGGUCUAUUUGUCCCAUUGACAGGAGAUAUGAGGUGCUGAGAAUGAUGAUGAUUGUAGCUAAAAAAAAAUAGGUAGCAAAGACUGUUAACCACGGGGAUAGUCUAUUCAGCCUAAGUUUGUUAGAUGGUAGUGAUCUACCAUUUAACAUCUUUGUAACCCUAGUGGUCAAUCUUUGUGUAAUUUUGCUGGGAACGGGAGUUUCAGAUUUCCAUUUCCACUUACCUCGGUGGUUGCAUCAUCACCUUGAGUAAUCUACUACUUUCUAGACAAUUUCCCCCUAUUUGGGACUUUGGGGCAACUAGGGGAUCUACAGAAAUCUUUAGUUCCUUUAAUCCUUAAACACCUCAAUAAGACAACUGCUACGUGGAACUCUGUUAGAACUCUGGUGUGUUGCUGAACCGAUUUGGCUCAGACUGAAGCAACCUUAACUACUGGUAUGAUUGGAAAGGGGGAGAGUAAUCUACUGGAGUGAGGACGGGAUGUUUCGCUGUGAUACUAAAGAUCAAUGUCCAGAUUCAAACUUAAGAAUAAUCCCUUAAGCAAGGGAUAUUGUCAUCCAGCCAUUGCUGGGGUAUGAUCAUACAUCUUCAAGCAAAGAUUGGGACCAAUUUUAAAAAAUACCAACGGGAGAAUAAUGUGAUCAUGUUCAUACCAAUAUUUCUCACCUUGCAUGAUUAUGAGACCUAUUUUUGCCCCAUUAUAGAAGAUGCAACUCUGGGGCGAAGUGAUACGUUGCCUUGCUGCCUACUUGCUGUGGAUUACAUGCUUUGUCCAUGUGUUCCUUGAAUUACUAAGUAAUUUGUAUCAAACAGAAUGUCAUUCUGAAGAAAUCUGUGAUUUGUUUUUGUUCUAAAUGGCUAAUUUAUUUUUUUUAGAUGGUUAAAAUCCAUUUGCCACAAUAAAAGAAAUUGCCUUAA